AAAAUGAAAUGCAUAUACCACCAUUUAAACCAUACAGCGGUUGUAAACCAUCCCUACCAGCGUUACGCACACUUGACAAACAGUAGUAGCUCUAGUUCGUGUCUGUCUGUUAGCUGCGUCCUGACACAGAUGAUAAGUGAACUUUGAGUGGGACUGGUUCACGCCCUUUAGCACAUUGGUCUGUUCCGACGCCUUGUGAACACAGUCUGGUAGUGUCUCAGCACCCGUGGUCACCAUGGAUUGCACACAAAGACAACCAAAAACCAGCAGAUCUGAGGAAAUGCUUCGUUAUGCCAGGAACCAAGAGGUGAUGCACAUGAACGUAAAGCUCCUAGGUAUGGAGGGUGACCCGGACCUCCAGUUCCUCCUGCAGGGGGGAGACCUCCUCAAGGUCCGCUCCCCAUCCUGGAAGAAGACCCGUUACUACAGACUUCAGGAGGAUUGCAAGACCAUGUGGCACGAAUCGAAAAAAACCUUCAGGACAAAGCAGACCUUUUCACUUGAUGACAUCUCAGCGGUUCGAGUGGGCCGUCAGUCGGAAGGCUUGAGGAAGUACACAGAGGAGCAGGUGGAUGGUCGCUGUUUCUCCAUCAUCUUCAAGGGCCGCCGCAAGAACCUGGACCUCAUCGCCAGCUCAGAGGAGGAGGCCAAGCAGUGGGUCAACAGUCUGCAGAAAAUGGUCUCCAACAUGAACAACCUCAGCAGCCAGCAGAAGACAGAGCACUGGAUCUUCAGCUGCCUGGUGAAGGCAGACAAGAACAAAGAUGACAAGCUGAGUCAUUCGGAGGUCAAGAACUUCCUGCGUCUGAUCAACAUCGAAGUGGACGACAACUAUGCAGAAAUGCUCUUCAAGGACUGCGACAAAUCAAAAUCUGGAUACCUGUCUGGAAAAGAGAUCGAACACUUCUAUAGCCUGUUGACCCAUCGGGAGGAAAUUGACGUGAUCUUCGGGGAGUACGCUAAAACCACGGACUUCAUGAGCCCUGAAAACCUGGUAGAGUUCCUGAUGAAAGAACAGAGAGAGAAAACAACGCUGGCUGACGCACACAAGAUUAUUGAGAAGUUUGAGCCGGAUCAAAAAGCCAAGGAGAAGAAGCUGCUGUCCAAAGAUGGCUUCCUCAUGUACCUGCACAAUCCAGAGGCCUUGGUCCUAAAUUCAGAGCACAAGGAUGUGUAUCAGGACAUGAGCCAGCCCCUCAACCACUACUUCAUCUCCUCCUCACACAACACCUACCUCAUGGAGGAUCAGCUCAAAGGGCCCAGCAGCACCGAGGCUUAUGUCAGGGCUCUGCUGAAGGGCUGCCGAUGUGUGGAGCUGGACUGCUGGGACGGAUCAGAUGACGAGCCAGUGAUCUACCACGGCUACACGCUCACCUCCAAGAUCCUCUUCAAAGAUGUGAUCACAGCCAUCAAGGAGUAUGCCUUUAAGACGUCCGAUUACCCAGUGAUCCUCUCCCUGGAGAACCACUGCUGCGUGGAGCAGCAGGCAGUCAUGGCCCACCAUAUGAGCUCCAUCCUGGGCAGUGCACUCGUCACGUCUCCCCUUGGGGAUGGGAUGCCCACAAACUUCCCUUCUCCUGAGGAGUUAAAGGGGAAGAUCCUGAUCAAAGGGAAGAGGUUAAACAAACUGGAGGCCAGCUUUGCUGCUGAGGAGGCCGCUGCCGAUGACCCUGACGUGACAGAGGAGGAAGAGUCCAAUGAUGAGGAUGAACAGAAGGAGGAAGAGAAGAGCAAGAAAAAGAAGCUGAAACUAGCGAAGGAGCUGUCCGACAUGGUGAUCUACUGUAAGAGCGUCCACUUCCACAGCUUUGAGGAUGCCAGAGAGAACCAGAGCUUCUACGAGAUGUCGUCCUUCAAGGAAGGAAAGGCCGUGAAUCUGGCAGAGGAGUCAGCGAAUGCCUACAUCCAUCAUAAUGUGGACAAGCUGAGCCGCAUCUAUCCAGGAGGCACCAGGACUGACUCAUCCAACUACAACCCAGUGCCCCUGUGGAACGCUGGCUGUCAAAUAGUGGCCUUAAACUUCCAGACAUCCUGCACGGACAUGGAUGUGAACCAGGGCAGAUUCCUGAUUAACGGUAAGAGCGGCUACAUCCUGAAACCGGCCUACAUGAGGGACAGAGCCUCAGAGUUCGACCCCAUCACCCUGACCCGAGGAGACUGGCUGAAGCACAAGACGCUCCAUGUCAUGGUUAUAUCAGCCCAACAGCUCCCCAAAGUGAACCAGAAGAAAUCCUCCAUCGUUGACCCGCUAGUUAAGGUGGAGAUCUACGGAGUGCCAGCUGACGUCGCUGUGAAAGAGACUGGUCAUCUUGAAAACAAUGGUUUUAACCCACAGUGGAACGAUAACUUCCAGUUUGACGUGUACGUGCCAGAGCUGGCAAUGGUGCGCUUUGUCGUGGAAGACUAUGACUCUACGUCUGAUAAUGAGUUUGUUGCACAGUACACACUUCCAUUCAACAGCUUAAAAAUGGGAUACAGACAUGUGCCUCUGCUCAAUAAAAACGGAGACCUUCUCCCCUCAGCUGGACUCUUCAUACACAUCAUGGUCAUGGAUGCUGAAUAAGAUGUUACCACCUGGCUUUGUCUCUCUACAGGACACUAGGACUUUCAUCACACAGCCAUGUUUUAGCUGUUUUUAACUGGAUUUUAUAUUCUUUUUUUUAAAACGCUCUUUAGCUGUAGUUCGUGAUUAACUUAUUGGCUUAAUUCCAGUAGUUUAAGCAGAUAAAGACCACAUUCUUCUCAUGGGACGGUAGUGCCAGUUUUAACUAAACCAUCUGCAACUGGAAAUGAGUUAUGCUGGGAGGCAAAUUCUGUACAUAUACACUUCAUAAUGCUGCAUAUGAAUCACAUUACAGGGACUAUUAUACAAACUGUUUUUAAUUGGUUUGUAUGAGUUGCACUAGUUUUGUACCGUGUUCAGAUGGUGAUGGCAUUGGUUGUUUUUUUCUUCUUUUGUAGACAACUUGUGUCCCUCAUUUCCGGUCAGUUAAUGUAUUGUGUAUUUAAAUCUUUUUAUUCAAAUGACCAGUUUCUAGAUACACGUAAGCAGUACUUUCAGUCAAGUAUGAUUCAUCUUUUGUGUAACAUGAUAAUGACUAUUUCUUUAUCUUUUUAUGAAUCAAGAUGAAGAUAAAAGUUUUCAACAUGAA